AUGGAGCGAUACCGUCGUUGCCGCUUGCACCACUUGCUUUUGUUUUCGUUGCAGAUUCGCAGUGGAUGUGGGACGACAACCACCACCACUGGCUGCCUUGUAGUGCAAACGGAGCUGACAGAGGCGUUGAUGCUGACCUACUGCUCCAGCCUGUCGGAAAAUGGGGUUGACCUGUCUCCGACGGCUGUAUCAUGUGGUGGUGCCGACACGCCCGGGGUGCACAUGGCUUUGGCCAACGCCAUGUUCGCGAAUUGCGGAGCGUUUGCCCUCUACGAUUUCGACAGUCCUGCGACUGUGUGCCACUUUUGGACCCCCGAGAGUUCCUGCUGGAACAGUUCCAGCGAUGUUUGCUCCAACUUGCCAAGCGAGACGGCCUACGCGGUGGCGCGCGCGGCUAGCAUGUGCACCACGACAACGAGUUCAACGGCCACCACGAGCACCAGCAGCAGCCGCACUACAACUAGUACUUCCGCAACGACCACCAGAAGCACCAGCACAAGCAGCACCAGCACCAGGACUGCCACAACUUCCGUCACAGCCACCAGCGCCAGCAGCACUGCCACAACUUCCAUCACAGCCACCAGCGCCAGCAGCACUGCCACAACUUCUGUCCCAGACACCACCACCAGCAGCACUGCCACAACUUCCGUCGCAGACACCACCACCAGCAGCACUGCCACAACUUCCGUCACAGCCGCCACCACCACCAGCAGCACUGCCACAACUUCCGUCGCAGACACCACCAGCAGCACUGCCACAACUUCCGUCACAGCCGCCACCACCACCAGCAGCACUGCCACAACUUCCGUCGCAGACACCACCACCAGCAGCACUGCCACAACUUCCAUCACAGCCACCAGCACCAGCCGCACUACCACGACUUCCAUCACAGCCAGCAGCGCUACCACAACUUCCAUCACAGCCACCAGCGCCAGCAGCACUGCCACAACUUCCAUCACAGCCACCAGCACCAGCAGCUCUACCACACCUAGGCCGUCAAAUGCAGCCAGCAGCACUACCACACCUAGUGCGUCAAACGCAGCCACCAUCAGCAGUAGCACCACCACAACUAGCGCGUCAAUCACAGCUACCAGCAGCAGCACCACUGCAAUUGUCACAACUCUCACCACCACGACUACUGCUACCAGCGCAAGAACCAGCACAACAACCAGCACCAGUGCAAUUGGCACUUCUUCCACCAGCAACGCCGCCCUGAGUUCCAUCACCACGGCAGCCAAAGAUGAUGCCGAGCGCAAGCGCGAAGCAGCUGCUGCCGUUGGGGCUGCCGAGAACGCCACCCAGCAGGUGGCCGUCGAAGUAGCAGCGCUGCUUUUGGAGCUCUUGACAAACGCCUCUAGCGGCUCGAAGGUUCCGACGAUUCUGCAGGAGACGGACUCGGGCAACGUCACGGUUGCGGCAUUCGCCUCUUUCGAAGCUGCGACCAUCCAAGCGGGCGAUGCCGUUGUGGACGUGCCGCCGGAACUCCUACUCCAGGCCGCCAGACAGAGCAGCGUGGUGCUUCUGAGCCUGACCAACAUGGCUCAGGACCUUGCCAGCAAGAUACAGUCCAGCCAAGGUGCGGUGACCUCAAGGUUGGUGUCCCAGCCUUUGGUCGUAGAUUUUCGGGAUGCCAAUGGCACCGUCCUGGAGAUGGGGAAUCUGGACAGGCCGCUAACUCUGGAGAUGUCGGCACCAGGCAACCUAAGUGGCCUCGCAUGCGCCUUUUGGAAUGAAGGGACUGCUUCGUGGUCAACUGAUGGGAUGACGCUGGUGGGCAGUACGAACAACACACAGAUUUGUGAAACGUCGCACCUCUCCAUUUUCGCUAUCAUCGAAAUGGUCAUUGAACAGUCGAUCCAAGCGCUGGACUGCAGCACUGCAGGGCAGCUGCUGACGCAGAAGGCCUUUCGUCAGCUCGGCGCCAACGGCGACUGGAUUCAGCAUGAUGCGGCUGUGGCGAUCAUCUGCAUGAUAUGCCUAUUCUGCAUUUUCUGGUGGAUGGCAUGUCGCCAAGACUGGGCGGCAGGCCGGAAUCUGCCUCGAAAGACGCGAGAAGCGAUUCUGUUCCGCCUGGCGGAUGAGAGUCCAGAUCGAGACGUAGGACUCAUCUGGCUGCUGUACCACCACCCCGUGGCAGCUGCGAGUCACGGCCUACGAGUGCUGCGAAAGCUCCCCGCCGCCCCGAGGUUAGCGGUGCUCUACAGCCUUGAGUUGGACCACGCACGAAGGUCUCGUCUCCACCUCAAGAGCCUCAAUGCCGUGAGGAGCAAGGGUUCCGCCAAGCCCAACUCCGCCGUUGCGCACGCAUUAUCAGACAUCCAGCAGCGAUAUGAUGUAUAUGGCAACGCGGAGGACUCCGUCAAUGCCAUCUUGAGCUCGUCUUUUUGGCGGCGAGCGCUUACGCUGUGGAUCAGCUUGCACCCGAUGCUGGUCCUCUUGCAGUCCUGCAUGUUCACUCCUGCCAAAGUCCGCGUGGCCCUCAUUUUUGCGAGGGUCUUUGGGGCUGGUCUCGGCAACGCCGUGUUCUUCGCAAACGACGAUCCUGACUGCUCCCGCAGCCAUGGCUUCUGGCCAGACAUUGUCCGGGAGGUGACGGUGGGGGUAUGUAGUGCGUUGAUGAGCAGCGGGGUCGUCCUGGCGCUCUUCUUGCUUCAAAAGCAGUCUGUUGUGGAGAAGCAAGAGUGGACAGAGAGUCUCAUCCAGGGCCAAAAGUGCCGCUGGCGCUGUAGAGCCGCCACCUUUUGGCUGGUGUGGCUGCUCUACAUGCUGGGCUCCCUAUGCUACCUCUGCCUCUUCGUGGGGAACUUCCCGGCCUCCGAGGGCUCCGCGUGGCUCCGCGCCACGGUGGUCAGCCUGCUGCAGCACCAGGUGGCCGCGCCCCUGGCCAUGGCCCUCACGCUGAGUUUGCUCAUCUCCGCGGUGAUUCGCUCGUCAAAGAUGGAGCAAGAGAUCCGCGAGGAUUGGUUCCGGGGCAUUGCGCACCUGCACAGCAGGUCCGUUUUGCCGGAGCUUGAGCCCGGUCUGGAGGAUGCCGGUCCCAAGGCCGACGAUUUCACCCCCGGGCAAAUGCCAGCCGGGAAGCCGGAAGAUGAGGAAGGGAGUGAAGUGGAAUAUAUGGAAAGCACGUCCCUGUAA